AUGGCUGCCCUUGUCAUGCUUUCUGCUACUGUCAUCCUCGGCCUCCUCCUGCCUUCCUCCAUGGCCAACAACGUUCUCUUUGGUGGUGACAGGCUGAACACCGGCGAAUCCCUCAGAGAAGGGAACUUUAAAUUCACCAUGAUGUCCGACUGCAACCUUAUGCUGUUGGACAACCGCCAGGCCGUGUCGGUGGCCUUGUGGGCCUCCAACACCAACGGCCUAGGCAGCAACUGCUUCGCCCGCAUGCAGACCGACGGCAACUUCGUCAUCUUCAACGACAACUUCAACAAAGUUUGGUCGAGCAACACCCGCGGCCAGGAGGGCAAGUACAUCCUCGUCCUGCAGCGCGACGGCCACGUCGUCAUCUACAGCCGCCCUAUAUGGACCAUCCCUGAGGAUGAACCCAUGAACAGGAAGAUCGCCAUGGUGACUAAGAAUUAG